CGCAUGCGCGGAGGGGCUGGUGGGCGGUGCUCGCGGCCGGAGCCAGCAUGGCGGCCGAACGCAAGACCAAGUUGUCCAAGAACCUGCUGCGCAUGAAGUUCAUGCAAAGGGGACUGGACUCAGAAACCAAGAAACAACUAGAAGAGGAAGAAAAGAAGAUCAUCAGUGAAGAGCACUGGUACUUGGAUUUGCCAGAGCUUAAAGAGAAAGAGAGUGUCAUAAUAGAGGAGCAGAGUUUCUUGUUAUGUGAAGAUCUUCUCUAUGGAAGAAUGUCAUUCAGAGGAUUUAAUCCUGAAGUUGAGAAAUUGAUGCUUCAGAUGAAUGCUAAGAGCAAAGCAGAAGAAGAAGAUGAAGAUGAAGUAGUAGAGCUUGAUGUGUCAGAUGAGGAAAUGGCUAGAAGAUAUGAGACUUUGGUGGGGACAAUUGGAAAAAAGUUUGCCAAGAAGAGAGACCGUGCCAAUUAUGAAGAAGAUGAAAAUGGAGACAUAAAACCAGUUAAAGCAAAGAAGAUGUUCUUAAAGCCCCAAGAUUAAAAAUGAUGCCUUAAAAUAUGUCUUGGGUGACUGAAAACAGCAGACUUUGGAGCCCAUUUCAGUGGCAUCUUUUAUCUGGUAAUACUUGAUGUUUGUUUGUAAAGAGAUGUAUAAUUUUAGGAACAGGCUGUUUUAAACAGAUGUGUGAUGGAUGUUAUACAUCCUUUUCCAAAACGGAUUAGGCAAGAGCAGAAGUCAAGCCUGGAUGUACAUAGGCACAGGGUUGCUUCCUAAAGAGUUUACCUCAAUUUUUUUUAUAUAGUUCUCCAAUCACUGACCUUGAACUGACUCUUAUAGAUUAAUGCCAGUGUUUAAAUUGCCCUUGUUUAUAUUUUACUUUAAAUUAUCAAUCAUAUAAUUAUGUCACGCCAAUUCAUACAUUCAUUUUAGAGUCAAAUGUCAUAGGAAUUUAUUAUGUGUACAUUCAUCAAGAGCAAACACACCUCUCCAGCCCGAAGUGUUUGCAUGCUACCAGUCACUAUCACUUUAUGGUAUUAUGUUUUCUUUUAAGGCAUUUAAUUUUUUUUUAAAUGUUCUAUAAUAAACAUCUGUUUCUACA